CACAUUGUCAUUUUAGUUAACCGGAGCGCGCCUGUAGACUUGGAGACUGGAGAGGUGCGGGCGCAGUCAGUGCACUCUGAUGGUGCGGUGUAAAUAUAAGGAAACUUGAUAAAAAAUGGACACAAGUGAUGCUUCAGUAGUUGAAGGAGACAAAGAUAAUUUCUGAUCACAAAACUUCACGGACAAAAAUCGCAGCGUAUCGUUUUGUGUAAUGUAUCGCGUAAACCUCGCCGCGCGCGUACAGUAAGCCAAGUUAAACUUCUCAUCGAUAUCUACAAAAUGCUACAUCUUGUCGCCGGCCUUUUAUGCGUCUAUGCAUUUGUAUGCUUAAAAGUUGUCUAUGGACUGGAUGAGAAGCGUUUUCUUUGUACUGCAAUACCCUCUGACAUGGAUGCAGUUUGUCCCGGGCAACCUCCGCCCGUUCAUAGCGCAUCGGAACUAGGAAAUACGGUGAUGCAACUUAGAGAGACAAUAUUAGAACAAAAGGAAACGAUUGCCAAUCAGUUAGUAACGAUUAAAGAACUGACAUCUAAACUGUCACGAUGUGAAUCUGAAUCCUUCCAGAAAAACAAUAAGGAAACGAUGGAUGAUGUGCCUAAAGACUCAAAUGAUACCAUUGACAUUCUUGGAAAGACCAUGCAGAGUCUUAAAGAUCGAUUAGAAAAUCUAGAGCAACAGCAAAUGCGAGCCAACAUCUCUGGUGCCUCCUUCCCUAAUGAGCUGAGAAAUCUACUGCAGCGUCGACUGGAGGACCUGGAGAAUCAACUACUGAAAAAGGUCAAUGAGCUUGAGACAGAGAAGUCACAGCUAUAUAAUGAGACCGUUGCCCAUCGCCAGCGCACGGACAGUACUCUCAAUCUUCUUACCAACAGGAUUUUUGAGCUUGAGAAAGGAGAGGUUGGAUUCAAGUCACCAGAGAAUUUCAAAAUCUCUCUUCUUCUACGCACAAAUUACCAUUAUGGGAAAGUAAAGAAAAGCUUGCCAGAGAUGUACGCCUUCACUGUUUGCAUGUGGCUUAAGUCAAGUACAAGCACUGGAACCCCUGGCAUUGGAACUCCUUUUUCCUAUGGAGUGCCGGGUCAGGCAAAUGAGAUUGUAUUGAUCGAAUGGGACAACAGUCCUGUAGAAUUGAUCAUCAAUGACAAGGUGGCACGACUGCCUCUAUCACUGGGCGAUGGGAGGUGGCACCAUGUCUGUAUCACUUGGACUGUUAGGGAUGGGGUUUGGGAAGCAUAUCAGGAUGGCCAAAGAUUGGGUUCAGGGGAGAACCUGGCCCCUUGGCACCCGAUAAAACCGGGAGGAAACCUUAUCCUUGGCCAAGAGCAGGAUAUAGUAGGUGGGCGCUUUGAUGCCAACCAGGCCUUUGUGGGAGAGCUGAGCCACUUUAACAUCUGGGAUCGGGUCCUACGCUCCACGGACAUCGUCUCCAUGGCAAACUGCUCAUCCUACAUGCCUGGCAAUGUGGUGGCCUGGACCGACAGUAAUAUUGAGGUGUUUGGUGGGGCAUCAAAGUUGCAGCUCGAGCUUUGCGAAGCCAGGCUCUUUGACAAUUAAAUAAUUGUGGAUAUCACUUAGCAAAAUCAUUGAAAAUGACUAUAUAUUAAACAUUUUUGAUAAAAACAAAGGAAUGGUCUGAUGUUACCCUGUCUGUAAAUUCCAUCUAAAGUUCUGUAAUCUAAUGAUGAGAUUAGAAACAUCAAAAUUGUAUUUUACUAAUUGAUUAUACAUGAUUUAAAUUUUUGACAUGGUCUUACUGGGUCAAUAUUAAAUAUAUCAAGGUUAUAUUUUUACUGAAUUUGCUCUACAUUGUCUAAGAAGAUUUUAUGUAGAAAACAGUAAAUCAUAACAAAUGACUUUGGCUGGGACUUCACAGACUGGGUCACAUAUAAAUACAAUGGUAGUACAUCAACAUGAGCUUUGAAGUAUUGUACUUUAAGGGACUUUAAAAAUAGUUGCACUUUUAAUGGAUAUAAUUUUUCUAUUCACAAUUACCAUAUUUGGUUCCACUUUUUUAUUUAAUCUCUGCUGAUUGAUUCACAGUUAUCACAUCUAGUUGAUGUACACAAGCGUACACAUACACUUUAAGUAUUGUUGAUUUUAUUUAGCAGAGGAGUGUGUACUUUCCUC